UGCAAAAAAAACCCCACGAAAAUGUGUUCAGCUGGCAGAAAUGUUUUAGGAAAAUGCAAUAAUAUAUUUUUAUUAGAAACGACAUACAAAUCAAAGCUGUUACUUAAUUACACACAAUACAGAUCUUCUAGUCUGAGUAUAUUUCGUUCAUGUCUUUUGACAAGAUGUCUUUCUUCCUGUCAUAAUUUGUUUUCUCAAAUAAGAUUUCAAUCGUCACGUUCAAACUAUUUGAAGUCAAAUAAAAACACUUCAGACUUCCUCAAACAUCGAUGUGACUCGUGGCAGGUCACAAGGAAAUAUGCAGAACAAAAAGCCAGCAGCACAUCUGGAGAAAGUGCUAAGAAGGAAAUUGUCGAAGCUAAAGAAAGUCCUUAUGCACAUCUGACCAUGGCAGAAAAAGUGAAGGAAGCUGGUAAAGAUGCCACGUACACUGGUGUCAUAAUUAUUGGGGUCGGUGUUACAGCUGUGAUGUUCUUUGCAAUUGGGCGAGAGCUGUUCUCCUCGCAGAGUCCUAGCGGCUUGUACGGAAAAGCUUUGAAGAUGUGUGAGAAAAAUGAUCAGCUCAAGUCAAUGUUGGGAGAGCCUAUGAAGGGAUAUGGAGAAACGACUCGCCGUGGAAGACGCAGAUACGUGAGUCAUCAAGAGUACAUUGAGAAUGGAGUCAAGUACAUGAGGAUUAGGUUUUACAUCGAAGGACCUUAUGCUAAGGGAACUGUCAACUUGGAGGUCAAACAGAAUGAGAGUGGUAAAUACGAGUAUCGAUACAUCGUGGUUGAUCUGGACGGAUACCCACGAAGAUCCGUGCUUGUAGUGGACAACACGUGAUACUGUGUGUCAGUUGUACAAAAUGGACAUGUAUUAGUAGGCAGCGGGACCUGGGGGCUGGGGGUGGGUUAACAGUUUAUCAUAUAAAGAAUAACCUGUAUUGGUAACUGAUGACUGAAUUUGAUAGGAUAUUUGGAGAUAUACAGCUAACAUUGUACAUGAAUAACUGUCAACUCCAUAUGGUUUUUCUAGGUCAUGCCCUUUAUCUCAUGAACGUGAAUUAGUGGGUCUGUACGGCACAGAAAAACAAUAAUUGAACACAUAGUAAUGCAAAGUUAAAUUAAAGUUUGUUUUAUUUAGCAACACCACUAGAGCACAUUGAUUUAUUAAUCAUCGGCUAUUGGAUUUUAAACAUUUGGUCAUUCUGACAUAAUCUUAGAGAGGAAACCUGCUGCAUA